CCACCAUUUCAGAGUGAUGAUCUAGACCUGGAUGUAGUCAGUGCCCACUCCCAGCUAGUGGAGUUCCUCAGCCACCAUCCUGUAUGGCUGCUGAUGACCUCCCAGCACUUCCUCCCAGGACUGGCCCUGAAUGGCCUGGAUGGGAUCACCAACCACAAAGAAAAAGUCUCAGUGCUCCUUGGCCUGCUGGAGGAGACUGGUCCUGCCACCUGGGAACAGUUUGUACAGGGCCUCUGCAUGGAAUGUGACUUCCCCCUGCACCUGGAGACACAGCUCAUGAGUUUGGCAGGGGAAGCGUGCACCAUAAGAAACAGGGAGUUAAUUGCCAUGAACAGCCCUGGAGAACACUGCCCAAAUGCUUUAAUAAUACGCCAUUCAAAAUCCUCAUUUGACAUGUUUCUGACUUUUCAACUUUCAGGUUCUGCUCGAUGUCACCAUCACAGCAGCUCUAUGCAUGAGAAGGAUGUGAAACAACAACAGCUCGAUGCACCUAAAAAGUACCGCAUGGAUUCUGUCUGCCAGAGAUAUGGAUGCUGGAGAGCAGCAGGAGCAGCAGUGUGGGAACAAAUGCAGCCACUGGCUGUCAACCAAGCCUUUGUCAGCCUUGUCAUUCGGCAGAGCAAAACCUCCUGCUUAAAAGAGGGAACAGAGAAAUCCCAAAGUAAGCCAGAAGAAUAUGUGGAUACAGCUGUGAAAGUAUCAGAUCUGUUUUGUAGUGUGGUCCCAUCAGAAACAAUGAAGGUAAUCUUUUUGUUUGGUAAACCAGGUGCAGGCAAGACCGUGCUAAUGCACAGCAUUUAUCAGAAACGGGUUGAAGGUGACCUAUCUCAGUUUCUCUUCACUUCCCUGUUUGAGUUUCAGCAGCUGAAUUUAUUAAAAAGAAAAUUGACUCUGAAGGAGCUUUUGUUUGACCUGUUCCUUCAGACAGAAGACAGCCCUGAUGCAGUGUUCCUGCUGGAAAAUACCUGCUGUACACUGAUCAUCUCUGAUGGGCUGGAUGAGUUUGCAGCUAACAUGGCCAUGUCAGGCUCUUCUGAGGGAAGGCCAACCCUUACUUCCUGUAUGUCCAUAUCUGAGCUCUUUGCAGACCUCUGUCAUGGGAAGCUCCUGCCUGGGUGCACAGUGGUGGUCACCAGCUGACCUAUGAGACUACCUGACUUCUUAGUAACUACAGUAAAUCUGCUAGCAGAAAUUUGGGGAUUUGACCAUGAGAAGAUUAAGGAAUAUGCCAGCCACUAUUUUCAUCAGCCUUCAUUCAAAGAGCAAGCCUUUGCUCACCUGAAGAACAACAUUAAGCUCCUGAGCAUGUGCCACAUCCCAGUUGUGUGCAACUCUUUGCUCCUUAAACACAAGACGAAUGUGGAGCUUCCUACACUGACACAGUUUUAUAUCAAAAUGCUUCUCAUCUUCAUAAAUAAACAGCAGAGAGAACAUGAAGGUGGUGAGGGGGCUAAGCUGCACUGCAACAAAAAGGCCAUUUUGGGUCUCUGUGAUCUUGCAAUGAAAGUCCUGGAAGAAAAAAAUCUUGUAUUUUAUGCUGGAGAAAUUCCAGAGCACGUGAAGGAAUUUGCUUCCUUACAUGGACUGCUGACUGCUUUGGAGGUGAAGAUGAGUGGCAUUUGCCCAGAGGGUGGCUAUGCCUUUGUGCACUUGAGUUUGCAAGAGUUUUUUGCAGCAUUGUCUCUCAUGGUAAGUAAGAGGGUGGACAAGAACUACUUGAGGAAGAAGUUAUUUUUGAAGUCAAAAUGGACUUUAAAGAACAAGGCAAAGACCGGGAUAAUGGAGAGUUUUCACAUCUUCCUCUCAGGCCUGUUGUCAAAAGAACGUAGGACAUUUCUCAUGCUGCUAGCUGAACAAGAUGAAGCUUGGAUGCAGGAUAAGCAGGAUGUAAUCCUGCAGUUUCUCAGGAAACUGGCAGCCACUAAUCUGACAGGGCCUAAGGUCACUGAACUCUGCCAUUGCACUUUUGAAACACAGGACCUCAAAGUAGUCCAGCACAUCAGGAGCCUGCUGAAUUUCAAGUACGAGUUCAAAAACUUUAGACUGACAUCCCUGGACAUGUUGGCUUUGCUUUUUGUCAUGAACUUGGGCCAGGGUUUGACUUGUUUGGAUUUUAGAGGAUGUUUCAUGGACAUUGACUGUUCGGAAAUUCUGGCCAGCUGUAAAAAUGUAGAGCACUUGAGUCUGAGCAACAACAACUUUUCCUUGGCUGCUGUUCUCACUUUGGCAAAGGAAGUCAUCACUUGUCAGAAUGCUACUGAGAUGCUUGUCAGGAAGUACACUGUGAUUAUGUAUUUUUCUGGCCCAUCUGGGAAAGUUCCAAGAUCUUUGGAUUUGAGGUGGGAAGAGAAUAAGGAACACGUAAUUCCAACUAAACAAAUGAAGUUAUGCUUGCAGUACUGCAGCCUGUCUUCCCAACAUGCAAAGGAGAUUGUUGCCAUGCUCCAGAGCUGUUCCUGUCUCUCUGAAGUGCAUUUGUCAGGUAGCAAGCUUGGAGAUGCAGGCUGUAGUUUGGAAAGCCUGCCUUGGAUAUCAAUUUCAAAGCAGCUGAACCUCAGUCAAAACCGCCUCUCUGUUAAUGGCAUUUUCAGUCUAUUGAAGUCAGUAAGUACCUGCCAGAUGACGAUGGAUGCACAACUCAGCCUUUGUCAUGAGACUGCAGUCCUGAGGUUUACAGGAGACAGAGAGUUUUCUCCCCUUCCUCCUAGGGAAGAGACUGUGUGCUUUAUUGGUGACCAACAACACGGAGAAGAAAACCAGACUCCUACAACCCCACGAAAAAUAAGACUGACAGACAGUCAUUUUCAAGCCAGUGACAUGGAGAAGCUGUGCGCAGUCCUGAAGGAAUGUAGCAGCAUCUCUGAGCUGGACCUAUCAAAUAAUUAUCCGGGACUGCUGCAGCUGUUUCAGUUCCUCCAGAAUUUGAAAAGGUUAAGUUCUCUCAAACUUAAUGGCAGCCACAUCUCCCUGAACUCGUUUUUCUUAGCUCAGUCUUUAUCUACAUUGGAAGACAUUAUAAUAGUGGACCUCAGGGUCACAAGUACCAGCAGAUGGAGAAGUGAUUUCCUCAUACAUCCAAGCAUGAAGAAGAAGGACAGUGCUUUUGGAAUGGCCAGCCCCCAGAACACUCUUUUUGUCACCAAGGAGUGUAGUGGAAGCAGGAGAGUUGCUGUAAGUCUUGUCCUAGGAUGUGAGGCUAUGGGGCUGUUGCCGUACUGUGGUCAUGGGGAAUGUUUAGCUCCUGAGUGCUUUGUUUGCUUCAGUCUCAGGGACUGCAGAUUGGGUCCAGAGGAUGUGACCAGGCUGUGCCAGACACUGGCUCAAUGUCCCCAGCUGACACAAAUUGAAAUUUGUUUCCUUCCAUGUUUUACAGUGUCUGGAAAUUCAUCAUGUGACCAGAGCAUUGAGAGAUUACUGAGCUUCCUGCCAUACCUCUGUCAUCUGAAAAUACUGAGUAUUAGGAAAUUUUCACUGUGUUGCACUGUCCUGCUUAUCAACUCCAUCAACCUGUGUGAGAGGAUCAGAAUGAUAGAAAUCCAGUCAAGUGAAAAUACUUUAUUGCAUCUAGAAGCAACCAUGCGAAGCCAAAAGACAUCCUGCAGGCUGAUGGACUGUGCCAUUGGUCAAGGGCAGACAGAUGAGCUCUGCAGGGUCCUGGAGCAGCAUGGCAGGCUGGCAGAAGUGGGUUUAUGCUCCAAAGCAACUUCCAUCAAGUUGACAAGCAGAGAUGACCCGAGAAGGAUUUUGAGACUCACAGAGUACAAAUUUCAACCAGAACACUUGGAAAAGUUGUGUUUGCUCCUGGAAAAACGCACUGGUCUGACAGAAUACAUAUCCUUAUAUAACAAUGUGACUGUCCAGGCUGCAGAAAGACUUCUGCAUUCACUGAGAAAAAAUCUGGGUCCUCUGUAAAUCAGCAUAGAAGAGCCUUGGGUACAUAAAUAAAUUGUCAUGAACCUUAUUUACCUGGCUGUCCAGACCUGUGGAAACAUUACUGAGAUCAGGAUAUGUAAAGAGAAAAACCUCUUCCAAUUAGGUGUUAGGUUCCCACACUACCUGGAGAAGGUGGAAUCAGACGUUAGCAGGUUGAAUCUGUGCAAGCCAGAAAUCCAGCAUGCUGGCUUCCACCAAAGGGUUCGUGAAAACUGUGCUCAGCUUCAGGAAUUGAGGCUGACAUCUAGCAGUGUUAUGCCAGCUGGAAUGGACUACUUGAUCUUGGGCUUCCAGAACUGCCAGGCCAUUAAAGAACUCAAAAUGAAACUCAGCAGUGCUGCUGUUCCUAAGCUUGUGCUGGGGGUUUGUGAAACACCAUCUCUGAAGAGGCUUGUCUUGAACCACAACAGUAUUCGUAAUGAUGGCUGCUGCAUACUCACGGAAGUCUUGACGAAUAUGCACUACAUGAAGGAAAUCAAUUUAAGCCACAGCAAGAUUGGAGAUCCAGACCUGAUAACUCUAGCUCUUUGGUACAUUCUGGUUCUUGUUCAGUCACUGAGAGUCUUUUAUGCUUAUUUUAGCCUUUCAGGGAACAUUCCUAGUUCUGCUGGAGGGGUGAGGCUGAUGGAAGCUCUUGUCUAUUGCAAACAUAUGGAGGAGUUACUGCUAUCUCAAAAUUUUUUUGGAAUCGGGCCAGCAGUGAAACUUGCCCGCUGUCUGCUUCACAUGACCAGCCUGAAGGUCCUGCACUUGCAGAACAAUAACAUUGGGCCAGCAGGAGGCAUGGAGCUGGCCAGAGCCCUGGUGGCAUGUGGGCUGCUGAAAGAGAUCAGUUUAUCAGAAAAUGACCUUGGGGAAGGAAGUAUCUAUGCCCUAUCCGAGGGGCUGCCAUGCUUUGAACACCUCUGAAAGAUUGACUUGAAAUUCUGUGGAAUCACUGAUGAUGCUUCAAAAUCACUUUCUCACGGCUUCUGACAAUGCUCUUCCCUGGAGGAGAUAAUGGGAGUACUGUCGUGGAACGCCCUUGGAGAUGGAGGAGCUGGAGAGCUGGCCAGUGCUCUCGCAGGGAUGGAAAAGCUGAAGCUGUUAGAUCUGGAGAAAAAUCACAUUGGUGUCUGUGCCACAGAACUGGCAGAGGAACUUGUCAAAUGCCCAGAAAUUCAGUUCAUAAGGCUGUGGGACAAUCCAGUGCCCAGAGGCCUGGCUGAGAAUUCGACAAGCCAAGACCCAAGACUGUGUUUUUCCUUCUAGCAAAGAAGAGCCCUUGCCUGACUGGGAAUU